CUGGAAUGGAAUGUUCCGGUCGGUGGUCACUCAGCUCCAUUCAAGUAGAUUAGAGCCUGCGGGCGACUGACGAAAAUGUAAUGUCUGUUCCGGAGGCGGAGGCGGAUGUGUCUCUAGCGGCGGACGACAGAAACUGUUCGCAAAAUCGUCUGAGGAUAGAGGACGUCGAAACCCCCACAGAAAAGACUGUGACAUUUCGUCCGUUACCUUUAUGGACUCUGCUCAUACCGUUCUCUAUCGUCGGAGUUCUGAUACGACUUGGUCUUUUGGCUCUUAACAAUUAUCCUGAUGCCCCGGUUGUCAGCAUAGUCUACCCUCAGAUUGUAGGCUGCGUCAUAAUAGGAUGGCUCAAUGCGAAAAGGGAGAUAAUAGCAGUCAGAUACUAUCCAGCGUUUGUUGGUUUAGCAACCGGAUUGUGCGGAUCAAUCACAACUUUUUCCAGCUGGAAUCUAGCAGCGUUUUCCGCCUUUGCGAACCUUUCGGACGCGCCCAGAAGUGUUGGCCAAAACUUCCUUGCUGGAAUCGGGGUCAUUGUGAUUGUAUUGGGAAUGUCCAUCGUUUCUGUCGCAUUCGGAGCGCACCUAGGGCGCCUGCGUUUUGGAGCUUCUUUGAACGGCCAUACUAGCCCCCUCGUGAAGCUUACGUUCCUGCGGCAUCCUGAGUCUCUUAUGAGGCCGACAUUACCCGAUACUGUGGCAGUAGCGGGCGGUCUCAGCACUUGGUUGCUGGUUGCGAUUUUAUGCGGUACCUUAUCAAGUCAACGCCAUACGUGGUUUGCUACCAUCUUUGGACCCAUAGGUACUAUGGUCCGGUAUCGCUUUGCUGCGUUGAAUGGAAAAUAUCGGUCUUUUCCCUUUGGUACCUUCCUAGUCAAUAUUAUCGGCACAGCGAUUUUGGGCGCACUGUAUGUGAUCAGUCAUGCCGCUGCACUUGACCCAACAUCAUGUUCUGUAAUCACGGGUCUAGCGGACGGGUUUUGCGGAUGCCUUACUACUGUCUCGACAUUUGUGGUGGAACUAGAGCUUCUCGGCUUGCGACGGUCGUAUAUCUAUGGAUUUACGUCCAUCUGUUGUGGCCAGGUGGUUCUCGUUCUUAUUGUCGGCAUUUUCAAGUGGAGCCAUGGCUUAGGGCCUGCAUGUAUUUCUUGAGCAAAAAUAUGAGAACCCGUGUAUCAACCUUAUACCCGGAAAGCGUGUGUUCAAGUCUAGUUUCGAAUUCAUGCUCAUGCAUACCAGU